GCUAGGCUAGCACAUUAUUUUUUUCUCCCAAUGUCAUCUGCUGUUUCUUUGCUUUUCUGCUUUUCUGCUUCCCGUAUUAUCUUUUCCUUCACACAUUUCCUUGUUUCCUUUUCAAUUUAUCAUGGCAAAUUCUUGAGCAAAUGGAUAUGUAGUUUGAUUCUGGUUGCUGCAUCUUUGAUAUAGAAGAAGGGGGAAGAAAGCUAUGUCGACUACAUUGCCUCAAGAAGCUCGACGUUUUGGAGAUCUAAGGGGGGUGCAAUGGCGUAUUGAUUUGGGUAUUUUGCCUUCUUCCCCUGAUUCAUCCAUCCAUGAUCUUCGCCGCAGCACAGCCGAUUUCCGUAGGAGGUAUGCUUCUUUGAGGCGGCAGCUUCUGAUUGAUCCACAUGUUCCGAAAGAUGGAAGUAAUUCUCUUGAUCUUGUCAUGGACAAUCCACUCUCACAAAAUCCAGAUAGCAUGUGGAGUCGCUUCUUUAGGAAUGCUGAAUUGGAGAGAAUGGUUGAUCAGGAUCUCUCUCGUCUAUAUCCUGAGCAUGGUAACUACUUUCAAACACCUGGUUGUCAAGCCACAUUGAGAAGAAUAUUGUUGCUUUGGUGUCUUAGACAUCCAGAAUUCGGCUACAGGCAAGGGAUGCAUGAACUGUUGGCCCCACUUCUCUAUGUUCUUCAAGCUGAUAUUGAGCAGCUUUCUGAAGUGAGGAAUCUUUAUGAAGAUUAUUUUGCUGACAAAUUUGAUGGUUUUUCAUUUCAUGAAAACGAUUUUACAUAUAAAUUUGAUAUCCGAAAAUUUUCAGAAUCUGAGGAAGAAGAAAAUAGAUCCGAAAGCAGUCCACUGAAAAUUACUAGUUUAACUGAACUAGAUCCCAAGAUACAAUGCAUUGUUUUGCUGAAUGAUGCUUACGGUACUGAAGGUGAGCUUGGUAUUCUUUUGUCCGAGAAGUUUAUGGAACAUGAUGCAUACUGUAUGUUUGAUGCUUUGAUGAAUGGGGCUAGCGGUGCAGUUGCUAUGACAGAGUUCUUCUCCCAUUCACCAUAUGGUACUCCUCAUGCUGGCUUUUCCCCUGUCAUUGAAGCUUCAGCAGCACUUUACCAUUUGCUUUCACUUAUUGAUUCCUCUCUCCACGGCCACCUUGUCAAGCUAGGGGUUGAACCACAGUACUUUGCACUUCGUUGGUUACGAGUACUAUUUGGGCGUGAAUUUGCACUUGAAGACCUAUUGAUAAUCUGGGAUGAAAUAUUUGCAUGUGAAAACAAGAAGAUGGUGAAAUCUUCUGAAAUUGCUGCUGAGUCCAGCUGCAGUGUCUUGAAUUCAAACAGAGGAACAUUCAUCUCAGCUUAUGCAGUUACUAUGAUACUUCACUUGAGACCUUCACUACUUGCCUCUGAAAAUGCUACUGUGUGCCUUCAACGAUUGCUAAAUUUUCCAGAUGACGCAAUUGUAGAAAAACUGAUAGCAAAGGCAAAAUCCCUGCAGGCUUUGGCAACGGAGGACAACAAUUCAACUCCCUUAGUUGGCCAAGGUGGAGACUAUGGUAGAAGUAAGUCAAAAGUUGUGAGAGGUCAUAGCAAUUCAAAUGAUUUAAGCUCCCAAAGGACUCCUUUAUAUUUGGUACCAGAAAGCUAUUGGGAAGAAAAGUGGAGAGUUAUACACAAAGAAGAAGGGCUCAAGCAAAAUUGCAUACAGAAACAAACUUCAAAGCAAAGAAAAGGUUGGUCUGAGUUGCAUCUUACUAGAACCGAGUUAGCUCCAUCGCCAUCUAAGGUUAAUAAUGGAAGAAAAGAUCCCAAGUUGUCGGUUAGGAAAAAUUUAUUGAAAGAUAUGCCUCAGAACCUUUGUUCGGAUGAAGAUGAAAAUAAUCAUAUUGGUGAUGAUAAUGUACAGGAGAAAAAUCCAGUUGCGGUAAAUGUACAAGAUGGUUACAGUAGAGAUGAUUUGACUUGCGCAUCUGAGCAAAUGUGGUCAAGCAGAAAUGCUGCUAGUGUACAGAGUGCUUCUAUUUUCUCAGAUCCCCCAAGUCCUAUACAUGCUGGUGAUCCUGAAAAUAGAUCUGAGAGUAGUGUUGCAUCAAACUCAUAUGCAGAUGAAACUAAUGUUGAUGCCAAUAGAGGUGAGGUGUCUGGAACCAAUCUGGGAAACUCACCUCUCCGAAGUUUGGAUCCACCACAGCAGGCCUGUUCAAAAUCUGAACCUAACGAUGCCUCAGGAGGUACAUGUACAAUAGGCUUGAAGGAACAGAGAUCUGUUUCUGGUAAAUUUCAGAGGUUAUGGAAAUUUGGACGAAAUGCUGAUGAGGAAACGUCUGAUAGAAGUGGUCUUUGUGAUUCCAUAAAAACUUGCAAUGGUGGGAAUAAUCUGACCACCCCAGCUGGUUCUUCUACAGCUGAUGCAUCUCAUAACUAUGAAGUAAUCAAAGAGGAAACUGUAGACCAAAAUCUUAUAGCUACAUUGAGAAAUCUUGGACAGUCUAUGCACGAAAAAAUCCAGGUGAUCGAGUCUGAGUUCCUGCAAGCUCAGGGUCAUGUUGGGACCUUCAAAAACGUCUCUAAGAUUGAUUUGGCUGGUCAAAGUCAAGGAACAGCGAUGACAGCUCUUGAGGAGCUUCGGAAAAUCAGCAACCUCUUAUCCGAGAUGUAAGGAGGGAAUAGUCAGUCCAACAUGUAUAUAGGUUAAUAUUAUUAGUGUAAUUUUUUGAUAAUGCUUCAGUGCAUCUCUAAACUUGUCCCCGAUAUCCCAACUAUACACUUAAGUGAUGGGAUACCUCAUUGUGGAAUAACUUAUUCUGGAUAAUUAAUCAUGAUAUAACUUGUUUUCAACCAAA